AUGCAUGCAUCGUCUUUCGUCCCCUACACUAAGACGCAAAUGGAGGACAACUACUACUACGUCGUCUGCCUCGUCUGGGCUCUCGUCCUGUCCUCCCUCGCGCUUGCUGUUACGCGCAGGAAGAAGGCAAAUAACAGCCUGCCUCUCCAUCUCCCGCCGAGUCCCUGGCAGCUGCCGGUCGUCGGCAGCCUGCACCACCUCGUCGGGAAGCUCCCGCACCGCGCCAUGCGCGACCUGGCGCGGCGCCACGGGCCAGUCAUGCUGCUCAGGCUCGGCUCAGUGCCCACGCUUGUGCUGUCGUCGCCGGACGCGGCCCGCGACGUGAUGAAGACCCACGACGUGGCGUUCGCCACGCGGCCGCUGACCGCUACCAUGAGCGUGCUAACCUGUGGCGGUCGGGACAUGAUCUUCUCGCCCUACGGCGAAUACUGGCGGCAGCUCCGCAAAAUCGCCGUCACGGAGCUCCUCACGGCUGUCCGCGUACGCUCCUUCCGAGCCAUCCGCGAGGAGGAGGUCGCCACCAUGCUACGGGGCGUCGAGUCCUCCGGACCCACGGUGGAGAUGCGCGCACGGCUGUCCAUGCUCGUCGCCGACGGCACGUUCCGCGCCGUCAUGGGCGACCGGUGCGACUCCAAGCAGCGCAACCUGUUCCUGCGGGAGCUUAACAGAAUAAUCGGGCUCGCCGCGGGGUUUAACACAGCGGACCUGUGGCCGUCGUGGUGGCUCGCCGGACGGCUUAGCAACGCCCUCCGCUGUGCCAAGGAGAGCCAUGCCACCGUGUUUGGGAUCAUCAAGGGCAUCAUCCAUGAGCAUAUGGAGACGAGGACGGAGGGCCAGCGCGGCGAGGGAACCAAGGACGACCUGCUGGACGUGCUGCUCAAAAUACACAAGGACGGUGGCGUCGACAUGGUUGCCGUCGAAGUAGUGGUUUGGCGCGCACAGGACAUCUUUGCUGCCGGCAGCGAGACGUCGGCGACGACGCUCGAGUGGGCGAUGGCGGAGCUGGUGAAGAACCCAGGGGCGAUGGCGAAGGCGACGUCGGAGGUGCGGCGGGCCUUCGAGGCCGGUGGCACGGUCGACGAGGGCAGGCUUGGCGAGCUCCCGUACAUGCGCCUCGUCAUCCGGGAGACGUUGCGCCUGCACCCGCCGCUGCCGCUGCUGCUGCCGCGCGAGUGCCGGGAGCCAUGCAAAGUUGUGGGGUUCGACGUGCCCAAGGGCACGCAGGUGAUCAUCAACGCCUGGGCGCUGGGCCGUGACGAGGGGCGCUGGGGGUCCGACGCGGCGGAGGAGUUCCGGCCGGAGCGCUUCGAGGCCGGUGCGGGGGAGGAGGUGGACUUCACGGGCACCAACUUUGAGCUGCUGCCGUUCGGCGCCGGGAGGAGGAUGUGCCCUGGGAUGGCGUUUGGCCUCGCCAACGUGGAGCUCCCGCUCGCUAGCAUGCUGCUCCAUUUCGACUGGGAGGCGCCGGACAUCUCAGACCCGUCCGAGUUGGACAUGAGUGAGGCGUUUGGCGUCACCGUAAAGCGGAAGGCGAACCUGCUUUUGCGCCCCUCUCUCCGCGUGCCACUGCCGGACUCUCCACCUGGUGGAGUCUAA